AUGGCUGCCGCCAACGGGAAGAAGCGUGGUCUGGAACAUUUGGACGAAUAUGAACCAAAACCUGCUAAACAUCUCCGCAGCCUGCACGAUCGGAUGGUAGAGAGGCGACUGGUUGUGAUUUUGGAGGGUGCCUCGCUCGAGACCGUUAAGGUUGGGAAAACCUUUGAGCUGUUGAACUGCGACCAACACAAGAACAUCAUAAUCAAAAGUGGAAGAGAUCCAGGGCAUAUAAGGCCAGAUAUAACACAUCAGUGUCUCCUCAUGUUGAUGGACAGUCCCCUGAACAGAGCAGGUCUGCUGCAGGUUUACAUCCAUACAGAGAAGAACGCGUUGAUAGAAAUCAACCCGCAGACACGCAUUCCAAGAACCUUUCCACGAUUCUGUGGCCUUAUAGUUCAGUUGCUGCACAAGCUGAGUGUGCGAGCAUCCGACGGUCCUCAAAAGCUCCUAAGAAUGAUAAAAAAUCCCGUUUCGGACCACCUGCCCCCUGGCUGUCCGCGGAUCGCCACCUCCUUCUCCGCCGGAGAGGCCGUCUGUCCCCGCACGGUGGUGCCCGAGGGCCCGGCCGCUGUGGUGAUUGGAGCGUUUGCGCACGGAGCAGUCAACGUUGACUACACAGAGAAAACCGUGUCCAUCAGUAAUUAUCCCCUGUCCGCCGCACUCACCUGUGCCAAGAUGUGCUCGGCUUUUGAGGAAGUUUGGGGGGUGUUGUGA